CUUCAAAAGGAGUAGUUGUCGCCACCAUUUAGAAGCCCACUUUGUCCCAGGCUGCAGUUGGAAUGACUACUUUCACACGGACCUACGCCCAGCGGAGCAGGCCCAGUUUGUGAAUUUUCACGACUACAACUUGGAAUUUCCCGGUGAGCAAAACGGUGGUCCUCCUGUAGAAGUUGCUGGGCGGGAGAUCGACGAUGGCGGCCACUCAACACUACGCAGGUCCUCGCCGUCACGCUGGCGCGGCCCUAACGAGGACGACGACGACGACCGCCGUUCUUGCACUUCUUCUCCUACGACUGCUGCUGUAACUGCAUUUCAGCGCAGGAAACGCUACCAGCUUCUGGCAACUGUCUUUAAUCUCGACUUUGCGCAACAGGUGAAAGGGUAUCGACGAUUUUUUUCUCAGUUCCAUUCAGGAGGGGGCGCGGGGGAGGUUGAUGGAAGUUGUCGUCCACACGACCUCGAACUGGAAAUCAAAACUGUGCAAAACGCGUCUGAUGCCCCAGUGGACUUUACCGUGUUUUCGGUCAUUCAGAACAACGACGUGACAAAUGCAAAUACUUUCGACUCGUCUGGUGAUGGUGCUCCAGAGCAGCCGGAAGAGCUCGCCACACUGGAGCACGAGUACGACAGUGAAAGUCUUGCGGGACCUACUUCGUCUGACGAAGCAGGGGAAGGCAGGAUGGGAACCACGCCGAGAACUGAAGAGGAGCUGGUUCCUCUCAGAAGCACGGAAGAUGUUGGUGGACCUGCUGUUCUUGCUACAGAAGGAUCGCUUUCACCUGGACUCCAGACUACUUCGCAAGAAGAACUGCAACUAAUGAAAGGGGGCCAGAGCAACUACAUCAACUACAAGGGCCGCCCUGCAGUAGAAUCUUCGAGGAGAGAACGCAAAUCGCCAAUUCUGCGGCACCUGAUUGCCCUGGUUUUCGGUGGAAGCAGAAGAAAGCGAGCGCAAGAAAGCCGUCGUCGUCUUCACGGAGAGAUGAAGAUGAACAAAGCACUGGCAGACACUCCUGCAGCCACAAGCAGUGGCCUUGAUGUUGAGAAUGUUGACAAUGAUACGAAGUUGAAGCAGCUGUCAACAUUCGAGAUAAAAAACAGCACGACGAGCAGCUGCAAGAAUGACGCGCCGGCAGAAGAAAUGCCUUCGCGGCCUCCAUCAAUCGUGAAGAAGAAGGACGAAAAUAACGAUCACGAUGAUGAGCUCCAGGUGGAACAAGAACGUAUGAUGAAAACGCAAAUGCAAUUCGAAGAGAUCGGCGUGAAUGGCAGGACGAGGCUGAUGCGAUUGCUGAAGAAGGAACAAACGAGUUUGUACGAAAAGUUGCUCAUGCGCGCCUUUUACACGUGCGCCGGGAACUAUGAAGGUGGUCCAGGAGGAGGUCGGCACCACCAGCACGGUGGAGCUCAAAGUGCUG